AUGGCGAUGGCAAGUGGCGGGCAAAGCAGCACAAGAGGCUGGGGGGACUUGCAGGGGCUGAUCCCGUCCCACGUGCCCGGCCACGUGAUCCGCUGCUCAAAGUCACAUGGUGCCACGUGCUCACACACGUGCAUGGGGACGGGCACAUACACACAAAAACGCAUACAGGGUACCUCUGGCAACGUCGCUUGGAACACUUACGUGAUAUCACCUUAUGACCAAACUGAUGUUGACAAGCAUCUAAAAUGUCUUCGGUGGUAUGGUCAGUGCUAUGGAGUGGAAGCCUUACUACACCACCAGCUGGAGGCGCGCAGAGUGCUGGUUGCAGCUGGUGCUGCCCAAGAGGCUCAUAUGAUUCGUCCCAUUCAGAGGCGCUUGGCCUUUGUGGAUGAUGUUCGUCGUUCUGAUCAGUCUCUCACCAAACACCACCUCACCCCUGUUUGUCAGGACACAAAUCAGGUUCUCUUCAAGUGCUUCCAGCGGUCUCAAGAGGUACCUUGCAACAAACCAGUUCCUGUAGCCCUCUCUGAAGAUCCCUGCUUCCCACUCCCAACUGGAGGUCCCCCCCACCCGCCCCCCCCCCAACAGAUGGAUAAGUCGAAGCAGGACUCGAAUGUUGUAAAUGACGGUACGCGGUGCCCUCCUUCGCCCUUGCUUUUUGAACCCUCACUAAUCCUUGAAGAUCAUUCAGUCAAAGAAACUGCUGAAGGCACAGUGGAUGCUCUGGGCUAGAUGCAGAUGGCUGGAGAAGGGUACCGAUCACAGGGUUCUGGAACUUCUGAGAAAGCCUUUGCACCAAUGCCUCAAAGUGUAGUGGCUACUGCACAUGGGAAGCCAGAACCCUCUUCCAUCAAUUGA